AUGGCUAAAACUAUGUCCGCAUCACAGGCUAACAAGGAACAUGUCCUGGCCGUUUCCCGGGACUUCAUAUCCCAGCCCCGUCUUACAUACAAGACAGUGUCAGGUGUAAAUGGACCUCUAGUCAUCCUCGAUGAUGUCAAAUUCCCCAAGUUCUCUGAGAUUGUCCAGCUUAAACUUGCUGAUGGCACACUCCGCUCUGGUCAGGUCCUUGAAGUGAGUGGAUCCAAAGCUGUUGUGCAGGUAUUCGAGGGCACAUCAGGCAUUGAUGCUAAAAACACCCUUUGUGAGUUUACUGGUGAUAUUCUGCGCACCCCUGUGUCGGAAGACAUGUUGGGUCGUGUGUUCAACGGCUCAGGAAAGCCAAUUGACAAGGGUCCCCCAAUCUUGGCUGAGGACUUCCUUGAUAUUCAGGGCCAGCCCAUCAACCCUUAUUCACGUAUCUACCCUGAGGAGAUGAUCCAGACAGGUAUCUCCGCUAUUGACGUAAUGAACUCCAUCGCCCGUGGUCAGAAGAUCCCAAUCUUCUCAGCUGCCGGUUUGCCUCACAAUGAAAUUGCCGCUCAGAUCUGUCGACAGGCUGGUCUUGUCAAGGUUCCUGGCAAAUCAGUGCUUGAUGACCACGAGGACAACUUCGCCAUCGUGUUCGCCGCUAUGGGUGUCAACAUGGAAACGGCUAGAUUCUUCAAGCAGGACUUUGAAGAGAAUGGCUCUAUGGAGAAUGUAUGCCUGUUCUUGAACCUGGCUAAUGACCCUACCAUCGAGAGAAUCAUCACUCCACGUCUUGCCCUGACCGCUGCUGAGUUCUUGGCUUACCAGUGUGAGAAACACGUGUUGGUCAUCUUAACUGACAUGUCUUCGUACGCCGAGGCUCUGCGAGAGGUGUCCGCUGCCCGUGAGGAGGUGCCCGGACGACGUGGUUUCCCAGGUUACAUGUACACGGAUUUGGCCACAAUCUACGAGCGCGCCGGGCGUGUAGAAGGCCGCAACGGUUCCAUCACUCAGAUCCCCAUCCUGACCAUGCCUAACGACGACAUCACCCAUCCAAUUCCUGACUUGACUGGUUAUAUUACUGAGGGACAGAUCUACGUAGACCGUCAGUUGCAUAACAGACAGAUCUACCCACCAGUGAACGUACUGCCCUCUCUGUCUCGUCUCAUGAAGUCCGCCAUUGGCGAGGGCAUGACCCGCAAGGACCACUCCGACGUCUCUAACCAGCUGUACGCUUGCUACGCCAUCGGUAAGGACGUGCAGGCGAUGAAGGCCGUGGUCGGUGAGGAAGCGCUCACACCUGACGACUUGCUCUACCUUGAGUUCCUCACCAAGUUCGAGAAGAACUUCAUCACGCAGGGCAACUACGAAAACCGCACAGUUUUCGAGUCAUUGGACAUCGGCUGGCAAUUGCUCCGUAUCUUCCCCAAGGAGAUGCUUAAACGUAUCCCUGCUUCCACUCUCGCCGAGUUCUAUCCCCGUGAUUCCCGCCAUUAG